UUUGUGUUUCGCGUUUUUUACUUUUGUGUCUCUUGUUCACUUUAUAGUAUGUAUUUAAUGGAAUUAGAUUCGUAAAAAUUUCUUUGAUGGAUAGACGAUGUAACUAAUCGAUACGAUUUAUACAUUCCUUUAGUCUUGAAUUGGUUAUUUUGCCAACUCAAAAAUACAAUUGUUGUGUAUAUCAGUGUUAAGGUGCAGUCUACAAGUGCGCGUAUUUCUAAUUACAGUCUAAUAAUAGUUGCGAUUAAUACCUUGUGAAUUUGUGUAAUGUUACGUGCUUAAUGCAAGUGUUUUUUGGAGAAAUGGGGCAAAGUCCAAGCUCUAUAAGGAGUAAGGGCAGCCGAAAGUCCUUUCGAGGAUUUGUGCGGCGCUCGAAAUUAAAUAAGUCCAGUUUUAGUCACACAUUCAAUUUGCCGCCCUCAGAGGAAUAUCCAGAGUUGAUGAAUAUUAAUACGGCUACUGAAGAACAGCUAAUGACUCUGCCAGGAGUAAGUAGACAGCUGGCGCGGGAAAUAGUCAGACAUCGCCAGAUGAUCGGUCGUUUCAAGCGAGUUGAUGACCUUGCUUUAGUAUCAGGUAUAGGUGCUGAAAAAUUAGAGUUACUAAGACCAGAAAUAUGUACAAAUAUAAGAAGACAAGUAUCUAGAGCAAGCUCAUGCACUCAUUCACUAGAUAGCUUUCGAUUGUCUAUGGAAACUAAACUAUGUUCUGUUAAUUCCUCUAGUGUGUUCCAAUUGCAAUGUGUACCAGGCCUCAACCAGGAGCUAGCUGCUAAUAUAGUUGAUUAUAGGGAUAAAAAAGGACCCUUUAAGUCUUUAGAUGAUUUAAUAAAAGUCAGAGGCAUAGAUAUUGUGAGAUUAAGUGGUGUGAAACCUCACUUAAGUUUAGAUUUAAGAAAAAGUGAGAGUGAGCAACAUUUGCCAAAUGGCCAUGUAAAUGGAUGGACAGAUGCUUCUUUAAAUGGAUCAUUAAUAAGUAGUGAAUUGAAAACACCAGUGUCACCAAGCCGAAAGAGCUUUACAAUGCCAGUUAAAUUUCCUUUAACACUACCAAACGGAUUUGCUGCAGCACCUGUUAAUGAUAUUUUAGACUUGUUAUCAGCAUACUCACAUAGACCAGUGGUAAGAGAAGAUUUUAUGUAUGAAAGAGAAGGUGUAAGAUGUUGUCGUCUUGCAUCAUGGAAUAUUCACCAAUUAACAAUAGAAAAGGUGAUAAAUCCUGGAGUACGGGAAGUGAUGUGUCGGACAAUAUUAGAAAAUAAGUUGUCCGUAAUAGCUAUACAAGAUGUUGUAGAAACUGAUGCAAUUAAAAUCAUAUGUGAAGAGUUAAAUGCACCAACUAUAAGGAGAGUUAGAGAGUGGAAGCUAAAUAGUCAAAAUUGGGAAUAUUGCAUACCACAGAGUGCUGAUUGUCGCCCCCUCUGCUUCAUAUAUGAAAACAGUAAUGGCAACAACAAAAGUGUGACGAUAGAGGAUGUAGCGACGGACCAGCUCCAUCUGGUGGUGAAUUGUGAUGUUAAGCAGCUGGUGGAAAUGCUGGAUGACCUGCGAAGUGAUCGAUUCAACACCAGCACGCAAGCGUUCCUUAUAUGCGGCCGGCCUAUAAUUUUGGUGAACGUGCACUGCAAGGAUACGCUGGACGAAGAAGACUGCAGACGGUUGAAGGAAGUUGUUGAUGCGGCAUCCGCCAUUAAGCUACAACUAGCGCUCAUUGGCGAGUUUCUUACUUGGGGAAAUGUGCAAUCGUUACAAAACUGCGAAUCAUUGCUGAACGAAGAAGCAAAGACCACAGUGGAUGUAAAUACUAUUGGUAAAAGCUCUGUUCUGUGCCCGGGGAACAUGGAAAGCAAUUUUAAUGGCCAUUCGGGGACCAUUAAAUCUGGUCUGUGCCAUCUGGCAAUACCGCGCGGCUGGUCCUGGGGCGGCCCAGCUUCCCCAUAUUGCCCGAUUUGGACCGAGAUCAAAGUACCCGAUUGACAAAAAAUAAAAAUUGCCGAUGGUAGUAAUUUAUCUGUGGUCUACAUGGCGACGACAGCGCUCUUUCUUAUAUUACAUUGUCUGUACUUUGUUUUUCAUAUUUUAAAUCCGCCAUUUUGAAGUGACUUCGCGCCAUUUUGGCUAUAGACUAAACUAGUCAAUAUCACGCGAUUGUCAUACUUACUUCUGUAAUUUAAAUGUAUUUAUUGAAAUGUAGAUAAUUUUAUUGCUCUGAUUGUAUAUAUUAUAAUCAUGUUAUCUUUAAUGAAUUUAGAAAUCGCGUCCCAAAGGUAAAUAUUUUUUUAAUAUAGAUAAUUUAAAUUCCAAUUUUUUCCGUUUAUUUUCUAAAGAAGAAAAAUGCUUAAAGUUGUAAUAGUUUGAAAUGUAUUUUUUUAAGUCUUAAGGUUUUUGGUCAUAAUAUAUUAUAAACCAUUUGUGAAAGUGAAAUUUAAUAGAAUUCCAAUUCCUUUUUAAUUAUAUCUUCAAUCGUAUUUCGUAAAAAUUGAAGUAAAUAAUGGGUAACAUUGUACCUGAGAGAUUUCCUUCUAGAAUAGAAAAUUUCAAAUAUAUUUCAUUAUAAAAAUAGUAUAGAUAGGCAAGUACGAAUAAAAUCUGAAAUUAAAACUGCUCUAUGAAUUUAAACUACCUAUAAAAUAAUUGCAAUUAGGCCAAUUAUAAAAAAAAUCUUUUGAGACUUCAUAUUCACACGCCGAAAAUAAAUUAAUAAAUGGCAGUUUCAUGAGAAAUCCAGUAUUAUAGGCUAGUUCCACUUCAUUUAUCUACUAGUGAUAUGGUAUUAUCAUACUAAUAGCAAAAACGUUAAUUUGUUUGAACUUACUUUUAUCAGGAACUAAUGAUAUGCAUAUAAUGGUAUGGUAUAUUGAAUUAAUGCGGGGGGAAAACUGUGGGGCACAGCUAUUUUAUAAUAACAGAUUAAAUUAUAGCUAAAUUUUGUCUACUCUUAUUAAACAAUUGAGUAAUAUUUGCUGAAAAGUUUUGUUUGAUACAUCAUAUUUUUUUAUACACAGACUAUAUUAUGCGUUGUGAGGGUUCGAUUUUCAAAACGUCAAUUUAAAUUGAUCGCUUAUUUAUUUCAUUGCUGCCUGAAAUGUGUUAUCUGUCAACUAUAUUUCUUUAUAAGUGAAGCAAACUUGUUUAAAUCCGCUCAAAUCCACGCCUGAGAUAAUCUAUUGCAUAAUAAUCCGAUAAGUGAUAAAACGUGACUCUAAUAUAAAAUCUAAAAUGGUGCUAAUCACGGAGUAAAAAUAGUUCUACAAAUAUCUAUGUGAAUAUUGAUUACGAAUAAUACUUAGUUUUUAAAUAUUAACCUUGAAUAAUGAAAAGGCGUUCUGUAGGAAAUGAAAUCUUCCACGAUUGACAUAGGGUCCCAUAAAUAGCAGCAAUAAAAUAUUCCGCUAGCUCACAAGCGAAUGUUAGCACAUCUAAAAGGUUUUCGAUAAAUCGGUAAUUUUCGUUUGUCAUCAGUACAUAUUAUCAGUAUUAUCAAAACCGUAACAAAGGUUAACACUAAUGAACAAAACAUGCGUCAAAAAUUUGUAUGAACAUUGUUUUUACGUAAUCAGAGGCGCUGUAAAAUAUUUCAUUCAAAUAUUUGACAGUUACGAACAGGUUGUCAAGUAUAAUAUGGCGCUCUAUCUCUUUUAUGUUCUAUGGGCUGCCAUUUUAUUUAAUUUUUGAAAGUAAAGUUUUUAUGUUAAUUGUUCUAAAGAUAUUGGUGAAUGACCAACAAAUUUAUCGAAAUUAUUUCCUUGUUUGUGUAAGUGUAUGUUGUUGGUAAAGACGUGUCGCGUGUCACGUGUAAUUUUAAGUCUGUUUCGUAAUAUCUUGUCAAACUCUUGGCAAUGCCACAGCCUAUAAAGAAAAGUAAUAAAAUUUACAAGUAAUGAAAAAUAUUUUAAUCUAUCGGCAUUUGUACACACAGUCAUGAAAAUGCAUCACUAGCUAACUCUUCCCAAUCUACUUAAAUAUAAAGACUGUUUAAAUUCUCUAAUUCGCGAAUGAUAUCUAUUCCAAAAUAUCUACAUCAAGCAAUUGUUACUCUCUUAGAUUUUGCGCAUUAGAACUAUUUUCUUAGACUCUCUUUUAAUAAAAUACGUGUACAAACCACGUAGUAGAUAAAGGAAAAUUGAGUAGUUUUUUUUUAUUAUAGUUCAAAUUGUGAUAUUACGAGAUAUCAUCUAAUUAAAACUGUAUUUCGUUUAAAAGUAUCUACUUGAAUACCUCUUCUACCCUAAAUUAAACUUACGGAUUACGGAACGUUGGAUAAUGUUACUAUAUAAAAAUUUGUAACUUGGAAAUAAAAACUAUUUUAUUGAUUCAAAAAAUACCGAUUAAAUUUCUAUAUUUAAAAUCGCAUUUGCUAUAUGCAAGUUUUACCUGUCGAAUGUGAUACUCCAGCCUAUUAAAGGACGUUCUGUCAAGUACUUGCAAUUAAUAGUUUUCUCUUACAGUGUGUGAGAAAACCGGCAAAGCACGUCUUUCUUUUAAUGAAUACAAUUUAGAUUUCUUUUUUUGACAAAGCUAAUACGUCAUUUGUCAAUUGUAAUCUGUCAGUUUAAAGUAGUAUUAAUGUCUUAAUUCGAAAUUUUGUCGUAAUUUCUUGCUCAACUUAUCCUAAAUCAGUCGCAGAGUUUAUAAGCUAUUUUUAAUCGUUAUUUAAAGAGGUUACAAUGUGAUAUCACAUACAAAGUGUAAAAUUACUUAAUAUUUUUGUAUUAUGUACAUAGAUGUUGAUCUCGUAAACAAUUAAAACGUAUAGCUAUUUAUUUAGCGUGACACUAGCAAUUUUUUUAAUAUUGACUUUAAAGACUGGUUUCAAGGAUUUUUUUUCUUCGAAGUCUGAGGACAAGGAAUAUUCGUUCGAAUACAUUUGGUUGAAUUUAUAUUCGAAAAGGAAUCUGUCACGUCUUAUAGGUACUAGUAGUGACAUUAAUGAUGUAAUUUUAUGGUCCUUCCUCCAAUACUUCGAAGACUGCAAUUAUGAACUUUCAUUUUUAUUUACCGACAAUAAACAACAUUUUAUUAUUUGCUUUGUUAAAAAGUAUUUAUUGUAUGUGUCGCAAAUUACCUAUGUUUUGUGAUAUUUAGUUUAUAUUUAAAUGUUAUUUUAUUUUACGGCUUUGGUGUAAUUUAUUUGGUGAAAAUAUAAAUCC